UAACUGAAUUUACAAUAAGUCCAAAGUUUUAAUAGUAUCAAAUAUUAUUUGUUAGAGACAUAGAAAUUAGAUUAUCACCUAACUCCAAAUCAUACGUCCUAAAUUGACUUUAAUCAUAUUAAACCACUGGGCAAACCCCUUUGCUCUACAUUCAAACACAAACUCAGAAAUGGGUGAUAAGAAACCACAUGCUGUGUUGAUUCCAUAUCCAGCUCAAGGCCAUAUCAAUCCAAUGUUGAAACUAGCAAAGCUUCUUCACCUUAGAGGCUUUCACAUAACCUUUGUAAACACCGAAUACAAUCACAAACGCUUGAUCAAAUCAAGAGGUUCCAACGCCUUUGAUGGUUUCACCGGUUUUAGCUUUGAGACUAUUCCAGAUGGUUUAACUCCAACAGAUGGAAAUGCUGAGGGUGAUGUUAGCCAAGACAUAUUCUUACUUUGUAAAUCAAUUAGAAAGAACUUCAUCAAACCGUUCCGCGAACUUCUUGCUAGACUUGAUGACUCUGCAACUUCUGGUCUUGUCCCUCCAGUUACUUGCAUAGUUUCUGAUAAUAGCAUGUCUUUUACUGUACAAGCUGCUGAAGAACUUUCACUCCCUGUUGUUUUCUUUAGUCCAGCCAGUGCAUGUACAUUCUUGUCUGGUUUGCAUUUACCAACAUUAUUUGAGAAAGGUCUCAUACCACUAAAAGAUGAGAGUUAUUUGACAAACGGAUAUUUGGACAAUAAAGUAGAUUGUAUUCCAGGUCUGCAGGACUUUCGAUUGAAAGAUCUGCCAGACUUUAUAAGAAUUACAGAUCCAAAUGAUUCAUUGGUAGAAUUCAUCAACGAAGCGGUAGAAAGGGCUCACCGAGCCUCUGCAAUAAUUUUUAAUACUUCCAAUGAACUUGAAAGUGAUGUACUGAAUGUUCUCUCGACUAUGUUCCCUUGCGUUUACGCCAUUGGUCCUUUAUCUUCGCUUUUAUAUCAAAGUCCAGAAAACCACUUGGCAUCUUUAAGUACUAAUCUUUGGAAAGAAGAUAUUAAGUGUCUUGAUUGGCUUGAAUCCAAGGAACCGGGAUCGGUUGUUUAUGUGAAUUUUGGGAGCAUGACAGUUAUGACUCCGGAAAAAUUGUUAGAGUUUGCUUGGGGUUUAGCCAAUAGCAAGCAAUCGUUUUUGUGGAUCAUUAGGCCUGACCUUGUCAUCGGUGGCUCAGUGGUUUUGUCAUUUGAGUUUAUGAAUGACAUAUCAGAUAGAGGCGUAAUCGCAGGCUGGUGUCCGCAGGAGCAAGUGUUAAGCCACCCUUCAAUUGGUGGAUUCCUAACUCAUUGUGGAUGGAACUCAACCACCGAAAGCAUAUGCGCAGGAGUUCCAAUGUUGUGUUGGCCAUUUUUUACUGAUCAGUCAGCUAACUGUAGAUAUAUCUGCAAUACAUGGGAGAUUGGAAUUGAAAUCGAUACUAAUGUUAAGAGAGAGGAGGUGGAGAAGUUGGUCAAUGAAUUGAUGGUGGGAGAGAAAGGAAAGAAGAUGAGGCAAAAGACAAUUGAAUUGAAGAAGAAGGUAGAGGAGGAUACAAGACCCGGGGGGUUUUCACACAUGAACUUGGAAAAAGUGAUUAAGGAGGUUAUGCUAAAACAAAAUCAUACUUAGUGACUUUUAAUUUCUAGAUGUUAUCCUAUUGCAGUGUAUAUGUAUGGAUGCUGAGAAAUAAUGAGUUCAUGGUGAUGGAAGUGAACUCAUCUUCAGCAAGAGAACCUAUUUUAAAAUAGUGGUUCUUGCUACAUUUAAAUGGUUUUAAUAUAUGCAUAUUGUAUAAUUAAUGGGAAACAUUAUAAGUUGAAUCUUACAACUUAGAAUAAUUUAAGGAUUUUUUCACAGUAUCUUGAA